AGUGGGCGGAGCCACGCCUGUUUGAGAGACACGUGUACAGAGGAACUCGGAAGUGGCUGCCGGAAUUGAAGCGCCUGCGAUAACUUGCAACUCCUGCGCGGUCCUAGAAGUGGUUCAUGUGCAGUCAUCAAAUCCAGGAGCACUCAGUAUGUUACUGGGUUACAGUCCAGUGUCACAAGCAUUGCUAGGAACGUUCUUCACCUGGGGAUUGACAGCUGCUGGCUCAGCACUUGUGUUUGUCUUCUCCAGUGGGCAGAGACGGAUCCUGGAUGGCAGCCUGGGUUUUGCUGCAGGGGUUAUGCUGGCUGCUUCUUACUGGUCGCUCCUUGCACCUGCCAUUGAACUGGCGGAGGACUCUGGAAAGUUUGGGGCCUUUGCCUUCUUCCCCGUAGCUGUUGGUUUCACUCUGGGCGCUGCGUUUGUGUACUUUGCUGACCUCAUUCUCCCUUGGCUGGGUAUCACUGAGCCUCCUCAGACAGCACUGGCUUUGAGCUACGAUUCAAGACUGGCGAAAGAGAAGUAUGAACAGCAGCCCACAAAUCGUCCGCAUGACAACGAGCUGUCCAUCCGGAUAGGUAGAACGGCUCUACACUCAGAUAAAGGUGAAAAUGGGGAACCUUAUCAGAGGAAGAAAGGGACUGGAGCUCCUCAGCCAGAUGUUCCUGCUCCAUCCCAAAAUCUCAGAGACAGCACUUCAGUGCCAACAAGCAAUAGCUGGAGGCGGAUCAUGCUGCUCAUCUUAGCAAUAACAAUACACAAUAUUCCAGAGGGCUUGGCUGUUGGUGUUGGAUUUGGUGCCAUUGGGAAGUCAGCAUCUGCAACCUUUGAAAGUGCCAGGAAUUUAGCCAUUGGGAUUGGAAUCCAGAACUUUCCAGAAGGACUAGCUGUCAGCCUUCCCUUACGUGGAGCUGGGUUUUCGACAUGGAGAGCAUUCUGGUAUGGGCAAUUAAGUGGCAUGGUGGAACCACUAGCUGGCAUCUUUGGUGCCUUUGCCAUAGUGUUAGCAGAGCCUCUUCUACCCUACGCCUUGGCUUUUGCUGCUGGGGCAAUGGUAUAUGUGGUGAUGGACGACAUCAUCCCAGAGGCACAGAUCAGUGGCAAUGGGAAGCUGGCUUCCUGGACAUCGAUCUUAGGAUUUGUGGUCAUGAUGUCCCUGGAUGUUGGACUUGGAUAACAGGAGAUGCCAACUUUCCCCAUCUUCGACCUUCAGAAUAUGUCACUCUGGACAAAAUGCACAGCAGAAGCUGGAAUGGGAACACUGUAUUUUUACGUGAUAAUAAUAAUAAUAAUAAAAUACUGAUCUGGGUUAAUGUUGAUUUGACUUAAAUUAUACGGACUUAAAAUUUGCCAUAAUGUUAAUGUGGGUGGUUUUGGAAAACUCAGGAAAGUCAUUCUUGUGUUUUUCUUUCCCUCCUGCCACUCCAUUAUUCCUUUUCCAGCGGGGUUGUUGGUAUGAGGUCAGGUCUAAUCUGUGGUGAUUGUCUUUGCUGUGUGUUCACAAAUUUUGUUGUGUGGUAUAAACUGAGUGGUGCAAGGCAACAUCAAAGAGCUGAAAUGGCUUAUGGGCUGCUGCCAACAAGCAUAUAGAAUGACCUGCGACAGAAGUCCAUACAGUGCUUUGUUUUUCAGCUUCACUACUUGUCGAAAUGGAUAGCUCAUUUCUUUUAAUCAAUAAUGGGACCUUAGGGGCUGUGUUUAGAGGUGGGGAGCAAGAGCUUUCCUAUCUGCAAAUGGUAUUGGAGGUUUACCUGUAGAGCAAGGGAAGAUUGCAAAGUGUUUGUGGCAAGUGUUAAGUGAAGGCUGCACUUCUUCUGUCAAAUGUCUGGGCUUCUAUAGUACUGUUCCCAUAGGUGCACUCAUUUCCUGAUAUCCCUCGUCUGGUAGGAAAUAUCACCCUUCAGUUUUAGGGUUAUGGAGGGUUACUACUUCUGGAGUUACUACUUUAGGGUUCCUGGAGUUUGAGCCUCUGUGAAUCAUUAAUCUAAGCUCUUAACUCAGUUGACAUGCUAAUAUGGCAUUUUCUACCAUCUCAAGCAAUCAGAGUUCAGCACUGAAGGCGGAUCUGAGCCUCCUAGUGUCAACACUAGGAGGCCUAUUGCAGUAGCACCUACCGGUAAUUCCACCACCCCUCACCUGCGUUUUCUAAUAUCUAUAUUUGCUAUGAUAGCAAGAGGGCUUUCUUGGGGAGUUGUUCCCACCCCCUACCUUGUGAUGAAUGCAAGAGAGUAGAGUGGGGCAGAGUAAACUGAUGGGGUGAGUUGACAACUUGUGUUCAUCCAGCAAAUCUGUACCAACUCAUUGGCAGAUCAGCUAUAAGGGUCGAGAUACCUGAGUAAAAAGACACGCCCAUUGUGCUCUAUGGCGGAAACAGAAGUAAGAGAGCUUGCAUUGGUACAUAAUAUACUUUUGACAGCUAAGGGCUUCUUGCUUUUUGUCUGUAGCAUUUGUGCUUGCAGGUUAAACCUCAAGAAUUGUGUGUGCAUCACUGGAACCUGUCUUCCUAUAUGUCACCUCAGGGCUCUGCAAAAGAGGCCUCUGGAUAACCAGUGCCACACACACAGCUCCACCAAGGCUUUUCUCCCAGUUCACAAAGCAGCAUUU